GCUCGUGGACCGAGGAAACAUUUAAAACGGCUUAAUGCCCCAAGCCAUUGGAUGUUGGAUAAACUUACUGGUGCUUAUGCACCAAGACCAUCAGCCGGACCCCAUAGGCUUCGUGAAUGCUUGCCUCUUAUUAUUUUCUUGAGAAAUCGUCUUAAAUAUGCUCUUACUAAAAAAGAAGUACAAAGUAUUUUGAUGCAACGUCUUGUAAAGGUUGAUGGCAAAGUUCGUACUGAUUCCACUUACCCUGCCGGAUUUAUGGAUGUUAUAGCCAUAGAAAAAACCAAUGAAAACUUUCGUCUUAUUUAUGACACCAAAGGUCGAUUUACUAUCCAUAAAAUAUCUAAUGAUGAGGCUACUUAUAAAUUGGCCAAAGUUAGAAAGGUUCAAGUUGGUGCUAAAGGAAUCCCAUUUCUUGUAACUCAUGAUGGUCGUACAAUCCGUUAUCCCGAUCCCCUUAUCAAAGUUAAUGAUACUGUUAGACUUGAUCUGGAAACUGGUAAAAUAAUUGAACAUAUUAAAUUUGAAGUUGGAAACAUUGCUAUGAUAACUGGUGGUCGUAACAUGGGACGUGUUGGAGUCGUAACUCAUCGUGAACGACACGUUGGAGGUUUCGACAUUAUCCAUGUUAAGGAUUCCGUGGAUAGGCAAUUUGCUACACGAUUAUCUAAUGUCUUUAUUAUUGGUGAAGGUAACAAACCUUCAAUUUCAUUACCAAAGGGUAAAGGUGUCAAACUAACUAUCUCUGAAGAACGUGAUAGGCGUCGGGCUAGAGCCGCUCAUUAG